UAAUAGUAAAUCAUAAUUGAUCCAUUGAAUAUACAACAUAUACAACUAUAUAAGCAUACAAAUGAAAUUUGUUUAAAAGUAUUCUCAACAAUAUAAAUACUUCUCACUAAGAAUAAAACGUAUUGAGUGAGUACUUUGUAAACAAUCGAAAUAUAAACAUUUUGAAAGAUAAAUUUUAAAGGAAUAUUUUAAUAUUUAUACAUUAUAUUAUACAAAAAUAUGCCAUCUAAAAAAGAAGUUGAUGAAUUAUUGAAAAUGUUUCAUGAUAUAGAUAGAAAUAAAGAUGGUUAUAUUUCAAGAACAGAAUUAUUCACAAAGGUUGGCACUAAAUCUCUAGAUCGACAAAAAGUUCAUGAACUAAUUAAAUUGUUUGAUAUCAAUGGUGAUGGUUUGAUAAGUUUUGGCGAAUAUAAAUUGAUAUUGGGAUUGACAGGUCAAUCAAUCGAUGGUUGGAAACGAUUAUUUCGAAAAUUGGAUAAAGAUGGUUCAGUUGUAGAUAGUUACAAUGAAUUCUUUGUGGCACAGGAAAUGACCAUAUAUGCAUCGUUCAUACAUCAACAGGUUGUCAACUUAAAAGGAAUUAAAAGUUCCAGGCUGAUGCUUUUCAUUGUUGUAAUCUGAGUGAAAAAUUUACUAUCUAAUCAAAUUUUGAACUCGAUUACUUCAAACAGUCUGAUAUCAUAUGUGUGUUCCCUACAUUUAAUAUCACUAUCUACAUCAAGCUGAUCAUGCGCGUAAACAGGCAUGAAUCCUGUAAUAAUUAUUUUCGGAAUACAUAAUAAUAAUUAUUAUUACUAUUACCUGACAACAUCCAACAAAGAAAAAGUAGCAGACAAUGCAAAAGAAAUAAUACAGAGCAGUUUGAAAGCAUAUAUAGUUAUAAUUUACAAAAUGAUCAGUUAUUUAUUUGAAAAUAAAACAUGCUUAGUUAGGCAUACUGAUCAUAUUUUAUAUAAAGCAAAGUAGUUUACUCUCAAAAUGAUCAUUUAUGUUGUCUUUCUAAAAAAACUUAUCUUAUUCUAUGGUUGACACUAUUUGUAAUAAAAUCUGUAUUCAUAAAUACUGC